AUGUUGGAGGCCUCGGAGGCGACGGGCCACUCCCGGCAGCUGCUGCUCCAGCUCAACGCGCAGCGCACCAAGGGCUUCCUCUGCGACGUGAUCCUGGUGGUGCAGAACGCGCUCUUCCGCGCCCACAAGAACGUGCUGGCGGCCAGCAGCGCCUACCUCAAGGCCCUGGUAGUGCACGACAACCUCAUCAACCUGGACCAGGAGAUGGUCAGCCCGGCCGUCUUCCGCGCCGUCCUCGACUUUAUCUACACCGGCCGCCUGGGCCCCGGGGCCGAGGGCGAGGCUGAGCCGGUUGGCGUGACCAGCGCCGAGCCCGCUUUGGGAGCCAUCCUGGCCGCCGCCAGCUACCUGCAGAUCCCGGACCUGGUGGCCUUGUGCAAGAGGAAGCUGAAGCGCUCCGGCAAAUACUACCAGCUGCGCGGCGGCGGCGGCGGGAGCUAUUCGGCCUCCGCGCCCUUCGGAAAGCUGGCCAGGGGACUCCGCGCCGCCACGCCGGUUAUCCAGAGUUGCUUCGGGGCGCCGCCGCGGCCGGUGGAGCCGAGCAAUCCGCUCAGCACCCACUGCGGGGAGCUGUACGCCGCCGCCGCCGCCGCUGCUGCCGCCGCCCACCCGCACGGGCUGUGCCCCCCGCUCUGCGGCCUCGACCUCUCCAAGAAGAGCCCGAACGGACCUUCCCCGCAGCUGCCCCCGCCGCCCCCGCCCGACAGCCGCCUCCGAGCAGCGGUGGAGAGCCGCGAGGGGGUCCUGCAGCCGCGGCCCGAGAGCCCGGCCUUGCUGCCUCCCCACGCGGCCUUCGGGGACCCGGGCUCCACGGCCCCGCUCCAGGCCGCCUUCGCCCACCUGCACCAUCGCAGCGGCGGCGGCGGCGGCGGCGGCGGCAGCAGCCCCGGGACGGAGCCGAGCGCUCGCAUCGAGGUGGCGCCCGAAUUCCUGUACCGCUGGAUGAAGCACGAGCCGCUGGUGGCGGGUUACGUCGAGGAGGAGGAGGACGAGGAGGAGGAGGACGACGAGGGCGACUGUGGCGGCGCCCGGCGGGAGCAGGGCAGCGGCGGCGAGCGAGAACUGGAGCCCCGGGCCCCGUCGCCUUCCGGGCCGGCCCCGCCGCCCCCGCGCCACUACUUGGAGAGCGCGGACGGCGAGGCCGAGGACCUGGAGCCGGACAAGAGCACCAGCGAGGAGACGGGCUGCAGCAGCGGCGGCCCUUCCCCCGCGGGGGGCAGCCUGGAGCGCUACCUGGGCUACGAGCCGGAGAGCUUCGGGGGCGACAACCUCUACGUCUGCAUCCCCUGCGGGAAGGGCUUCCCGUCCUCCGAGCAGCUGAACGCGCACGUGGAGGCCCACAACGAGGAGGACGAGCUCUACCGCAAAGAGGCGGCCGAACCGCCGCCGCCGCCGCCCUCGGGGGGCCCGCCGGGCUGCGACCUGCUGCGCCCCUACCGCUGCGCCUCCUGCGACAAGGCGUACAAGGACCCGGCCACGCUGCGCCAGCACGAGAAGACGCACUGGCUGACGCGGCCCUACCCGUGCUCCAUCUGCGGCAAGAAGUUCACGCAGCGCGGCACCAUGACCCGCCACAUGCGCAGCCACCUGGGCCUGAAGCCCUUCGCCUGCGACGCCUGCGGGAUGCGCUUCACCCGCCAGUACCGGCUGACCGAGCACAUGCGCAUCCACUCGGGCGAGAAGCCUUACGAGUGCCAGGUCUGCGGGGGGAAGUUCGCCCAGCAGCGCAACCUGCUCAGCCACAUGAAGAUGCACGCCGCCGCCGCUGCCGCCGCCGCCGCCGCCGGCCCCGACGGGAAGCUGAAGCUGGACUUCCCCGAGGGGCACACCUCGCACUUCCUGGCCGCCGCCGCCGCCGCCGCUGCCGCCGCCGCCGACCCCAAGGCCGCCCUGGAGAGCCUCUACCUCGGGCUCAGCCCCGACAAGACGGCCGAGGUCUUGGCCCAGGGCGCCGUGGUGGCCGCCACCCACCACCUGCACAACGACCACCACGCUCGGACCAUAGGCCGCUUCUCGCCCCCCUGA